AGAAAACCGCAUUCCUUACUGCUCUUUACCUGUCUCGGGAAUCUAGCGCUAUCUAGUUUGGCAACAUCGGAACGUCAACAUUACGGUCACGGAAAUCCGGACGAAAUCUCCUACUGUGGCUCUUAUUAAGAUCAUAACAGAUCAAUCAUGUCGCUGGCACAAGGAGCUCCCCUUUUAUCAAGACUGGUGUCGUCAUCUGUUGCCAUUGCAAGCCAAGCAGGGCAUGUUAUACGAGAAGUCAUGAAGAAGGGAGACCUGGGCAUUGUGGAGAAAGAGAGUGUACGAGAUCUUCAGACAGAAGCUGAUCGUGCUGCCCAACGAUGCAUCAUUAGUUCUCUUAAUAAAUGCUUCCCAAAGAUAACCAUAAUUGGUGAGGAAGGAGAAGAUGAGACGACGGUAGCUAGUGGAAGUAUUUUUGAUCCGUCGACUACAUCGUUGGUUGAUGUCACAUGCCCACCUCACUUGUCGUCUAUGGCAGAAGAGGAGGUUGUAGUUUGGGUAGAUCCUUUAGAUGGCACUGCAGAGUACACACAAGCUUUCGAAUGCUGUAAGAACGGUCAUCAGGGGGUUUGUAAAGCACUGGGAGUGGUGUGCUCAAGCUUACUAGACCAUGUUACAGUCUUGAUUGGCAUAGCCUCAGGUGGGAAGGCCAUUGGGGGCAUCAUUCAUCAGCCCUAUUAUAACUACCAGAACCCUGGGAGUGAUCUUGGACGUACAAUAUGGGGCAUAGUAGGAGGGGAAGUUGGAGGUAUGAAGAUCCUGCCUCCACCAGAAGGCAAGUUGAUUGUGACCACCACAAGGUCCCAUUCAUCAUCAACGGUCAAUGAUGCAAUUUCUGCGGUCUCCCCUGAUGAAGUGCUGAGAGUAGGCGGUGCUGGCCAUAAGGUGAUGCUCCUCCUGGAAGGCAAGGCUCACCUUUAUGUGUUUGCAAGCCCAGGAUGCAAGAAGUGGGACACCUGUGCCCCGCAAGCAAUACUUGAAGCAGCUGGUGGGAUAUUGACUGAUAUUCAAGGCAAUGCUAUUCCAUACGAUGCUUCCGCGCCUCACAGGAACUCAACUGGUGUCUUAGCCUCUGCAGCCGGGCAGGAACAUGGAGUGUAUCUUGAGAAGAUCCCUCAGCAUGUCAAGGAUAAUCUGAAAGCAUAGUUAUUCAUAGCUGUUACUUAAAGAAGGCAUUUUUCAAUAGGUACUGCUAAA